AAGAGGCAGAGGAGCUCGGAAAUGAUCACCUCACAUAGCCAGAGAGAUAACAUGAAGAAAAAGACAUCAUGCUUCUCCAACAUCAAAAUAUUUCUGGUGUCGGAAUGUGCGUUGAUGCUGGCACAAGGAACAGUCGGAGCAUACUUGGUGAGUGUUCUGACUACGCUGGAGCGCCGUUUCAACCUGCAGAGCGCCGAUGUAGGUGUGAUUGCCAGCAGCUUUGAGAUUGGAAACCUGGCGUUUAUCCUGUUUGUCAGCUAUUUUGGUGCCAGGGCCCACCGGCCCCGUCUGAUUGCUUGCGGGGGCAUUGUCAUGGCGCUGGGUGCACUAUUGUCUGCCCUGCCAGAGUUUCUCACCAAGCAAUAUGUUUACAAAAGCGUUGAGGCCUGGAGAAAGGAGCCAGGAAGGGAAGUCUGCUCUAACGUCUCAAGGAGUAACGUGGACGAAGGUGCACUGUGCGGCAACCGAACCAACACUAACAUGAUGUACCUGCUUCUCAUUGGUGCCCAAGUGCUGCUGGGCAUUGGAGCUACACCUGUACAGCCUCUGGGAGUGUCCUACAUUGAUGAUCAUGUUAGGAAAAAAGACUCCUCGCUCUAUAUUGGUAUAUUAUUCUCCACACUGGUGUUUGGACCUGCCUGUGGCUUCAUUCUUGGUUCUGUGUGCACCAAGUUUUAUGUCGACACUGCCCUUGUUGACACAGGUGAGUUUAAAUCUAAGCUGGAAAUUACUCCAGAUGACCCACGAUGGAUUGGGGCGUGGUGGGGUGGCUUCCUUCUCUGUAGUGUUUUACUGUUCUUCUCUGCUAUUUUGAUGUUCGGUUUUCCAUCAUCUCUUUCGGAGCAUCAUGGUGAAAACGGCGGUGAGAGCGAGCAGGCCAUGCUACCCGCAUCUCAGAGUUUUGAGGAACCAAAGUCAAGUAAUGGAGUCCUGCACAGCCAUUUACAAGACAGCUCCUGCUGUGAUCAGCUUCGAGUGAUUCCCAAGGUGACCAAGCACCUACUGUUGAACCCUGUGUUUACCUGUAUAAUCCUGGCUGCAUGUAUGGAGAUUGCAGUGGUUGCUGGCUUUGCCGCUUUCUUGGGCAAGUACUUGGAGCAGCAGUUUAAUCUUACCACUACCUCAGCCAAUCAGCUUCUAGGUAUGACGGCCAUCCCAUGUGCAUGUCUGGGCAUUUUUAUGGGUGGUUUGUUGGUAAAGAAGCUGAAUCUGUGUGCUCUGGGUGCUGUCCGAAUGGCCAUGCUGGUCAACCUGAUCUCCACCACUUGCUACGUGUCCUUCUUGUUCCUUGGAUGCGACACAGGCCCUGUUGCCGGGGUGACCGUCCCUUAUGGCAAUGAGACCCUACGACCAGGCCAAAUCUCAGAUGCCCCCUGUAUCAAUAACUGUAACUGCUACACAUCUUCCAUUAGCCCUGUGUGUGGUUCUAAUGGCAUUACGUACCUAUCGUCCUGCUUUGCUGGCUGCACCAGAUCCAACAAGACUGGAGCUCAGAAUCUGACAGAAUGCACAUGCAUUUCUAGUGAUGGCAAAAUCCCAAUAGUGCCAGGCAAAUGCCCAAGUCCCGGAUGCCAGCAGGUUUUCCUCAUCUUUCUGUGUGUGAUCUGUUUCUGCAGCAUGAUUGGAGCCAUGGCUCAGACACCCUCUGUUAUAAUCCUUAUCAGAACUGUCACGCCAGAGUUAAAAUCAUAUGCACUUGGGGUUCUGUUCCUUUUACUUCGACUGAUAGGAUUCAUCCCACCACCUCUGAUCUUCGGUGUGACGAUCGACUCCACAUGCCUGUUCUGGAGCCACGAGUGUGGCACAAAGGGUGCAUGCUUGCUUUAUGACAAUGUGGCCUACCGCCACCUCUAUGUGAGUCUGGCCAUUGUGCUUAAAAUAACAGCCUUCCUGCUGUACGCCACCACAUGGCAGUGCCUGCGCUGCAACUACAAGAAGUACAUAAAGAACAGCGAGGCAUACCUGACAUCUGCUGAAAUCUUCUCCUCCGACAUGAACCUGGAUAGUCUGGGCAAGGACGUCAACAGGACAAAGUUUAUAUACAGCUUGGAGCAUCAUGAGUACUGUGAAAACAUGGAGUCUGUUUUAUAAUGGCUGGUAACUGCUUAAUGCAUAAAGGUGCAUCUUUUGUUCAUUUGUUGCUUGUUUUUG